AUGAAUUUGGGUCUUCCUGGUCCCCUUAUUCUGCCUAGUUCUGAGGAAGCAUCGACUUCUGGGGACUCCUCGCCAAUGCCUGCGGUUCUUCACCCUAAGGAAAACUAUUCUUGCUUGCAAGUGUCUGCUACUGAGAUGCUCCACACAGAGACUGCCUCUCCUUGUCCUUCCUCUGUGGACCUAACUCUUCACGACAGUCCUGAUUCCUCUACCAAUCCCAAACUAAAGCUGUGUAGUCCUGAGGCUGAUGAGAGGCCUGAGGAGAAAGAAGAGAGCAGGGCGGUUGCCAAGAAGCAGAAGACGCGGACUGUGUUCUCUCAGGCCCAGCUGUGUGCACUCAAGGACAGGUUUCAGAGACAGAGGUACCUCAGCCUCCAGCAGAUGCAAGAACUCUCCUCCACCCUGAACCUUAGCUAUAAGCAGGUUAAGACCUGGUUCCAAAACCAAAGAAUGAAGUGCAAGCGGUGGCAGAAAAACCAAUGGUUGAAGACCAGCAACGGUCUGACACAGAAGGGCUCAGCAUAUCCCAGCGUCCAUUGCAGCUAUCCCCAGGGCUAUCUGGUGAACGCAUCUGGAAGCCUUCCAAUGUGGGACAGCCAGACGUGGACCAACUCAACUUGGACCAACCAGACGUGGACCAACCCAGCUUUGAACAACCAGGCCUGGACCACCCAGUCCUGGUGUACUCAAGCCUGGAACAGCCAGACUUGGAACGCGGCUCCGCUCCACAGCUUCGGGGAGGAUUCUCUGCAGCCCUACAUGCAGUUGCAGCAAAACUACUCCGCCAGUGAUUUGGAGAUGAAUUUGGAAGCCACUAGGGAAAGCCAGGCGCAUUUUAGCACCCCACAAGCCUUGGAAUUAUUCCUGAACUACUCUUUGAAUCCACCAGGAGAAUUAUGA